UUUCGAAAUAAUAUUCGAAUAUCUGCAUGCAGGGACAAGUUAAGAAAAUAGGAAUAAGCAAAAAGGUUUCCAACACUACCUGACAUCAUGGCUUCUGACAGAGACUCCAGAAAUCAAUGUAAACUCAUUCAGAACCUUACACAAUGUUUAUAUCACGUGGUACAGUUUGUUUCGUGUAAAAAAUUAAAUCAAUUGGCUGAAAGUGAAAAAAAUGAUGAUCAAAUCUUCGUAAAUGAAAUACUAAAUAUUUUUUCUCAAACAAAACCAAUGUUCCAAGCAAUUAUGGAUUUAAUGGAUACAUUUGAACUGAUGGUUAAAUCGCCAAGAGAGAUAACUGGAAACGUUUUGGAACAAUUGUUUCAUUACAAUGGAAGGGGAGGAAUCCUCACAGAAGAAAAAAUGAACAAGCUGUUAAAUUUUCUAAAUAACGAAGGCUUUCAGGACGCUGGUAUCGAAAACAGGCAACCACAGCAACAAAGGAUAGAAAGUUCGAGUUCUUCGGAAAAUAUUUCUCCUUUGCCUGAUACCAGCUCAAACGACGUAACCAAUGACAUAAACGAUUUAAUAACGGCAUUUGAAUCUUGUAAAAUUAAAGAUAAAGACUUGGAAACAACAGAAUACGAGAACCAUGCAAAAGAGAAAAAACUGCAGAAUAUGGAUGGAAAUGAAGCAUGCGGAAAAGGAAAGAAUGAUGAAAUUAUUGCACCUGGAUCAAAAUCCACCCAGCAUCCUGAGAUAGGUUCACCUAACCGCCUAUUUACAAACGAGAGGAGAAGAAUGACAGCAAAUCCGUUGAUAAAAACAAACCAAUCACUACCAAACAACAGCAGGAACCUUCAAACAUUUGGUAGCAAUGGUUUAAAGCACUCCAAGCCCCAACGUCGUGAUACAGAGAGAAACAACGGCUUCAAUUCUCGCAACCCUGACACCUCUCACAACCACCAGGCUCUUGACCAGGAUGACAAUUGGCUUUGCAGUCAUUAUAAACGACACUGUUAUGUUAAAUUUGAUUGUUGUGAUAAAUUUUGGCCAUGUCAUCGUUGCCAUAACAAUUGUGGAAGAAAGAAACUUAAGUCACGUGACACCAAGAUGGUGAAAUGUGUUUAUUGUAACAAAGAGCAACCAUUUGGAGAGUUUUGCUGCAACUGCAACGCAAAAUUUGCCAAUUAUUUCUGUGCUUUAUGUUUGCACUUAACUGGUAAAGAUGACCAUCCUUAUCAUUGUGAAAAAUGUGGAAUCUGCAGAAUUCAUGGUGAUCGAUCUUUCCAUUGCGAUGUUUGUGGUGUGUGUCUGGAUGUCCAACUUCUAGGAAAUCAUAAAUGUCGUGAAGGAUUUGCUGAUGAUGAUUGUUGCAUAUGUUUGGAGGAUGUCUUCACAGGAUGUCUGAUCCUGCCGUGUUCUCAUAAAGUACACAAAGAAUGUGCAACUCUAAUGAUCAGAAGUGGAAUUACCCGUUGUCCAAUUUGCCUGGAAAGUUUCGCUCACAAGCUUGAACGACGACCACUGACAAAACCAUGAAAACGCUUUUGAAAGUUAUUGUGUUUGGCCACAGGACCUUCAUAAGGGGUAGUCAGAAUAUAUUACUACAGCUUUAGUAAAAUCGCAAUCGCAUUGGUCAAUUUUUAUUUAAAAAUAUUCUUUAGAAAUCCAUCACCAAUAACAUUGUUAUUAUUGUGUUUUGUGAAUUUAAAAUUUGUAAUUUUAACUGACUACCCCUAGAUUCGCCACUGAGCCUAGUGAUAUCGUCAUCACACUGGGUGUUGAACACGAUACAAUAUCUGUGUUGAACGUUGAGCAGCAGGUCACUGAGCACUUGAUUUUUCUUACCUUGCUAGCCAUUCUCGCAAUUAUUGUCAUUUAACGUGUGACAUAUAUAGCAGGAAAAUGCUGGCAAACUCCUAGCAAUGCAACUGCCACUGUAAGUGUUGAUGAAAUAUUGAACUAAGUUUGUUCUGUCAGUGAUAUAUGAAUGUGGUAAUGAAUUUAGUACAGUUUCUUGUUAAAUGGAAAAAUUUGUACAAAUUUAAUUACAUGAGUCCCAAGCACUGAUCUGGUGAGACACUGCAUAUGAAAAGAAGUCUAUAUUAAGAUUUCGGAGCUCCAGUGGCCACUCAUUUCCAUUGGAAACCACACUUUGUUUAACCAAGAUGCUUUUUAACGGCCAUGACCUUCAACAAAAUUUUCCAUGAUCUUAAAGUCACGAGUUCAGUUGGGAGCGCCUCCCAUAAAGUUUUUUCUCUGGCUCUGUUUUGCGUUUCUGGAACUAGGUCACCUUUUCUAAUUUCAUUGUUCAAAGACUGGUAUACUUUCAGUAUACUUUUAUCCAUUCAGUUUGUCGUCAUAUCAGUGGCC